CUUUCCUUCCGCCUUCCUUGCUGGUGUGGGCUCGGAGAGAUCUGACGUAUCUGGACUCUGCAUUUCUCCAACAGAGAGAUCUUGAAAAGGACUGACCGGUUCUUGCAGUUGGAAACAAUGGCCCACGGUUCAGUGACAUUCAGGGAUGUGGCCAUAGACUUCUCCCAGGAAGAAUGGGAAUUCCUGGACGCAGCUCAGAGGGACUUAUAUAGGGAUGUCAUGUGGGAGAAUUACAGCAACUUCAUCUCACUAGCAGGACCUUCCAUUUCUAAACCAGAUGUCAUAACCUUAUUGGAUGAAGGGAAGGAGCCCUGGAUGGUUGUAAGGGAAGGGACAAGACGACACCACCCUGAUUUGGAGUCUAGAUACAGGACCAAUACUUUAUCUCCAGAAAAGGACAUUUAUGAAAUAUAUUCAUUCCAGUGGGAGAUAAUGGAAAGAAUUAAAAGCUAUAGCCUCCAGGACUCUAUUUUUAGAAAUGAUUGGGAAUGCAAAAGCAAGAUUGAGGAGCAAAAGGAUCCACAAGAGGAAUAUUUUGGGCAAGUGAAAAUUACGUCUGAAAAAGUGACCAGUUACAAAAGGCUUAAUCUUCUUGCCGAAUAUCAGAGAAUUCGUAAUGGAGAAAAGUUAUAUGAAUGUAAGGAAUGUAGGAAGACUUUUAUUCGUCGCUCAACACUUAGUCAGCACCUGAGAAUUCACACUGGUGAGAAACCUUAUAAAUGUAAGGAAUGUGGGCAGGCCUUUAGACAACGUGCACACCUUAUUAGACAUCACAAACUUCAUACUGGUGAGAAGCCCUAUGAAUGUAAGGAAUGUGGAAAGGCUUUUACAGUGCUCCAAGAACUUACUCAACAUCAGAGACUUCAUACUGGUGAAAAGCCCUAUGAAUGUAAGGAAUGUGGAAAGGCCUUUAGAGUACAUCAACAACUUGCUCGACAUCAGAGAAUUCAUACUGGUGAGAAGCCCUAUGAAUGUAAAGCCUGUGGGAAGACCUUUAGGCAGUGUACACACCUUACUCGACAUCAAAGACUUCAUACUUCUGAGAAACUCUAUGAAUGUAAAGAAUGUGGGAAAGCCUUCGUCUGUGGUCCAGACCUUAGAAUCCACCAGAAAAUUCAUUUUGGUGAGAAACCCUAUGAGUGCAAGGAAUGUGGAAAGGCUUUUAGAAUAUGCCAACAGCUUACGGUCCAUCAGAGUAUUCAUACUGGUGAGAAACCCUAUGAAUGCAAGGAAUGCGGGAAGACUUUUAGAUUAAGGCAACAGCUGGUUCGACAUCAGAGAAUUCAUACUCGUGAGAAGCCCUAUGAAUGUAUGGAGUGUUGGAAGACCUUUAGUAGUUACUCACAACUUAUUUCCCAUCAGAGCAUUCAUAUUGGUGAGAGACCUUAUGAGUGUGAAGAAUGUGGGAAGGCCUUUAGACUGCUGUCACAACUUACUCAACACCAGAGUAUUCAUACUGGUGAGAAACCUUAUGAGUGUAAGGAAUGUAGAAAACCUUUUAGACUGCUCUCACAACUUACUCAGCAUCAGAGUAUUCAUACUGGUGAGAAACCUUAUGAAUGUAAGGAAUGUGGUAAGGCUUUUAGACUUUAUUCUUUUCUUACUCAACACCAGAGAAUUCAUACUGGUGAGAAACCCUAUAAAUGUAAGGAAUGUAAGAAGGCCUUUAGACAACAUUCACACCUUACUCAGCAUCAGAAAAUUCACAAUGGAAUUUAAUACAAGAAGGCUUUCAAAUGUACAUUAUGUUAACAGAAUAUCAGAAAAUUUGUUUUUGAGAAAAUUUGUUUCAUGCUCACAACUUAGCAUAAAAAAUUCUGUUUCAGAAAAAAAUGGUUGCUUCAAAAUUUUCCACCACCAUUCAAACAUUAUCUUCAGCAAAUUUAUAUGAAAAUAUAAUAUAAAGAAUGCAGAAAAAUGUUUAGCCUUACAUGUCAUUGUUGCCAUUUCACUACUUUACUACCAGUGUGUUAUUGGACAAAGUAAUUAAAUUUCUGUGCCUCAUUUUGCUGACUUGUAAGCUGAUGAUAGUAGUACCCAUGUGUAGUAGUUAUUUAUUGCUGUGUAAUAAGUUACCACAAACUUAGUAGCUUAAAAUAAUAUACAUAAUUUAUUAUCUCAAUUUCUAUGGGUCAGGAGAAAUUGAGAAUUUAUUAUCUCAAAUUGUAUGGGUCAGACACAACUUAGUUGUGUCCUCUGCUUCAGAGUCUCUCACAAGGCUAAAAUCAAGGUUUCAGCCAGGGCUAAGUCACAUCUGAAGGCUCAACUGGGGAAGGGAGCUGCUUCCAACUGCACGUGGUUGUUGGCUGAAUUAAUUUCCUUGAGGGCUGUUGCACUGAGGUCCUCAGUUUCUAGCUGGCUGUUGGCUGAGGGCUGACUUCAGUUCCUUGCUACAGUGGGGGCCUCUUCAACACAACUGCUUACUUCAUCAAAGUGUGCAAGCCAAGAAAGCAAUAGAGUCUGCUAGCAUCAUAGUAGUUUUCAUCUUGCAUAAUCUAAUCACUGAGGUGACAUUUCAUCACCUUUGCUACCUUCCAUUGGUUAGAAGCAAGGAACUAGGCUGCUCUACUCUCAAAGGAACAGGCUUACACAAGAGUAUGAAUACCAGGAGGCUGGGACCAUUGGGGCCAAUUCAGUCAGCCUGCUGUGUUUUGUAAUAGAAUUGUUGUGAGAAUUGAGUAGUUAGUACUUGGAAAAAUGCCACAAAGCAUGUUUUCUGUACAUAGUACCUAUAGUGUUAUUAACAUCAUUAGUAUUAGUGACUUCACAUGAAAGGAAUACCCUUUAGAAGUAAUAAGUGUAGAAAUGCCUCCUGUCACUGUUCAGCACUGAUUAAAGUUAAGAUAAUUUAUUCUGGAUAAAGCCUAGGAGGUUAUAUUGAAUAUGAGAAGUUUUUCAUCACUUGACCUGCAUCAGAAGUUUCAUGCUGAAAAGAAACUAUGAAUUUCAUGAGUAUGAGGUUGUUAAGAGUACAGAUGUUGAAGAAUCAAAGAGAAAUAUGAAAUUAUUUCCCCGUAAUUCCAAAGAAUAAAUGUUUUACAAUCCCUAUUGUCUGACUACCAUUCAAAAUUAAUUAGAAACAAUCAAAAAGAUGGCAAAAAGGAAACUAACCGCUUGGGAAUUGAAGUGCAUGUGUUUGUGUGUGUAUGUAAUACUCUUGUAUAAAAAAAAGAAAACAUUCCAUUGCAGUCAGUAUACUUUUUGAUGCUUAAAUUGCCCCAUCUUCAACCAGUGGGAGUUGAAUCUUUCAACACGACCUCGAUGAAGUUUGAUAGUUUACUUGGUUAUGGCUACACAGUUUGAUCAGUUAUGGAAGAUGCUUGGGCACCAACUCAUCAUUCUGAAAACCAGUAAAUAGGAAAAUAAGCAUUUCCUUUGCUUUUCCCAUGUGAAGCAAGUUUCAGAGUCACCCAAAGCUCAUCAAAUGCAAACAGACAAAAAAAUUUUUUAAAUCUCACCAGUAAAUAGAGAAAAUUGAUGAGAUUAGAAAAAUCAUUAUUUUCUAGUUCCUGGAAUAAUGGGUCCAGAAAAUGACCUUCAAUGGAUUUUAAAGCUACUUGGUGAAAACUUUAUAUUGGAUUUAUUAAACUGACCCCCUCUGAGCCCUUUGAUCAGUUUUAACCUCUGUAAAAGUGAACUAUCAGAUAAAAUGCACCUCCUAAUACAAUGGAAUAGGAAAUAAACACCACCACCUAUGAAGUCUUACUGCCAAAAUAAUGAACUGAAGGAAUCAAACCUUCAAAUUGAAAACAUUUCAAAGCCAUGAAUUUGGGGAAUAGAUGGACAAAGUAAAUGGCACCACAAGGAAUCAGCCAAGGCGAUCCAGAAUUGUGAAAGUCUAUAAAACAAACGACCUUAUUGCCUCAGCUAAUGAGUGGCAUGAAAAAGAAAAAGGCACUCAACAUAUUAAGAGACUUAAAGAGACAUAUCAACUAAAUUGGAUAUGUGGGCAUCACCUGGAUCCAGAUUGAACAAAAUGUAAAAAAGACCUUUUGGAGACUGGGUGAAAUGUGGAUAUGCACUGAGUAGUAAAUGAUUUUUAGAAAUAAUUAGUUUUGUUAGGGAUAACAAUAUUGAUUUGGUUAUUAAAAAAUAAAAGAUGUGUGUGUUAAGAUAUAUAUAUAUAUAUGAAAUAAGAUAGCCAGAUUUGCAUUAAAAUACUCCAGCAAAAGAAAAAGAAUUGGCAAAGAGAGCUAGAAAGUAGAUUACCAAAAUGUUGGUAAUUGCUGAAGUGGUAUGGUUGUUUAUGGGGGUUCAUUGUUUAAUAUUUCUACUUUUUUAUGUGUUUGGAAGUUCAGUAAUAAAAUAUUUAAAAUCGGAACUGAAACAAUACACUACUUAAGUGAUUGUUAAUGAGAUGCCUGCAUAUCUAAACUUACCAGAUGUCACCAAAGUUCUAUUCAGUGAGAAAUUUAUGCCCCUGAGUGCAAUAAGGAAACUUCAUUUGUGGGCCCAGUCUUUAUCCUUUUCACUUAUUAUAGCAAUCUGUCCCAGGCCUGUCACAUAGAUAAAUAUGUUAAAGGAAUAAACAAGCAUUUUGUCAAGAAACUAGAAACAAAACCAGCACAAGAGAAGCAAAGUACAGUUAAAAGUUGAAAUUAAGAGAUUAGACACUAGUAGACUUAAUCUAGUGUUAAUAACUAUAUCAUCUUGGCAGGUCUAAUUGAAAAUGAAACAAUAUAUUUAGAGCAUGAACAGUGUUAAAAGUAAUAUAACUACAGAUUAUCAAUAGAUUUUUCUUUUCAUUAUAAGGUAACACUAUUUUUAUGGGUUUAUGUUUUUUUGAU